UUAUUUCCGGUAGGUCGACCAGAACGUCAAAGUUGUAAACAAAACUGUUUUAAUGAAAAUGUGUUUGCUAAUAUAGUGCUAAUGACACUCAAUAGACACGAAAUAGUAUGAUUCACACACUGACAUGUUUCUCACUUAUCGUGUAACGUGCCUAAUUUAACUAUCAUACUUGAAACGUGUCAAACUUCGGACAACACUUCACAAAGGUCAUAUUCUAGGACGAAAUGGCUUAAAGCAGGGGGCGUGUAGCGGGAGGUUGUGCUGUGAGCUGUUACGAUGGCGACUUCUGCAGAAGACGUCGUUGAGAUCACUGCCAGUAUAACUCAACUGGCAGACGAAAUCGGGCGUCUUCUAAACAUAGGCAAAGAUUUAGUGAAAGAAUCAAGAGAUCAGUUUGUCAACAGCAAGAUAGGGAAGAUGUUUGGAAUGUCGUUUGCAUAUGAAAGAUGUUUCAAAAGGUUGAAAGUGCAAACCAAGACUGAGCUAGAGCAGGUCAUUCACAGAAACAUCCGCAAUUCAGAACUAAGAGAGACAAGCAUGCAGCUGUUGGAGAUUGAAGCUGAGUGGGAUGUGUUUAUGGCAGACAUAGACCGAGGUAUGGAGGAGAGUAUCAGGCCCCCUGUGUGCCUGGGGGAGACUGGUCCCCUGGACUUCACUGUGGUAGAUGCACGGUCAGGGGAGACAACCAGUCUGAGAGAGCAGCUGACAGCGGGAACCAGUCUGGUUCUUGUCUUGCUGCGCCACUUUGCGUGACUUCCGUGACGCACCCACCUGUCUGACAUCAUCAGCCGUCAGGAGGAGAUAAUGUCAGCGGAUGGCAAGGUGGUGGUGAUAUCCUUCGGUCUCCAGGAGGGGGCAGAGCGCUGGCUAGAGGACACCGGUUGUCCCUUCACCAUGCUGCGUGACCCUGAGAGACAGAUCUACCACUUCUUUGGGUUAAAGCGAUCAGUGUUCAAAGUGUGGUGUGUAGCCUCACUGGUGUAUUACGCAGAGGCAAUGGUGGCGGGGAAACCACUUCCAAAGCCGUAUGAGAAUGUCCAUGAUGACACCAUACAGAUGGGUGGAGACUUUAUCCUGAGUGGGGAGGGUGCUGUCACGUUCCUGUACCCUAGCAAGACCAACACGGACAGGCCGAGUUUGGAAACCAUCAUAGCUGAGUUGAAGAAGAACCAGGCUCUCAGUCAGUGAAGGCAGGGUCAGUCAAGGGUCAGCUGUAAUGAAGGCGAGUGUUGAAACCGCGCUGGGGACACAAGCUGGAUGCCAGCAGACUCUUUGGAUUGGCCAGUUGUCACAUACAUGAUUAUGCCUUGUGUUAUAACCAGUCAUCAAAUUUAUAGACACAAAUUGUGUUUGAAAAUGUCUGAUUGCAAUACCAAGUAAUCUGUUUUGUCUGUUUUUGUUAAAUACCAUGCCACUUCUAAUGUAUAUGUACAAAUGAAUUAUACAACAUAUAGUACGUGUUUUAUGUUGUAAGGUACAGAUCAUACAGGAUUAAUUGCCAAGGCCUGUUUUAUGAAGUAUAGGAUCUUCUUUUGUAUAAUUUUAAAUGUAACACACCUGUAAGUAAAACAUAAAUAAAAAGUAAAAACUGA